AUGUCUUUCAUAGAAGGUACCAUGAUCCCUCUCAGGUGGUUUUCUGCUAACGCAACUGUCACAGAUGAGCAACACAACUUAAUACGCAACCAGUGGCCUGCGAAGAUUGUGGAAGUGUGCAGAAUUUUGUGGGCUGAAGAACUACAAGAUUGGCAGCACAUGCCGGCAGAAUAUGACAGUGUCUGCCUUAGUGAUCUGGAACGUGUCACGAAUGCCGUGCAUCAUAUCACUUUGACGUCAAAAGGCAACAACCAACCCUGGAUAUCAACCCAGUUGGCAAUCAAUAAUAUUCAACGCCUCAUUCAUGCAACCUUGACGUCCCAAAAAGCAAGUGUUAAUCUAGAAGAUCUGGAUCAAGGGGACCUGUACAUUGGCCACCGGGUGUUCACAAAGGCAAGUAUCACAUUACACUCCCGUUGCUUGGCUAAUGAAAAAAGCGAACAGGUGACUGAUGAAAAUGAGCACCAACAAGAAAUAAAGGAUUGUACCGAUGAUCGCUCCACAGCUGCUAUUUGUGGCGACUUCGUAGAUGUUGGCAUCAGCUUUCAAAUAGCGUACAAGAAAGCCCACAAUGGUCAUAAGUACUUUAAAUACCACCUGGUCUUGACCCACGUUCUGCAGCUCAUACCUGUUAGGGUGUUGAAUGAGCUCUGUCCGACUAAAUCUGUACGGCAAGAACAAGACACUGAAAUGCCGAACAAGCCUGUUCAACGCAUUGUCCUGUUUGGACCAACAUUCUUAUCAGCUGCUGAGGAAUCCAAGCAAAUGGAAGUGUCUGAGGACUUGAUUGUUGACUGUACAUUGAAAGGACACCGCACAAUCAAACGAACACUGACUAUGGCACCAUCCGAAAACAAGUGUAAAGUGGUUGACGAGUCUCCAACUCCAUCUCCUCCGAAGAAACCGAGAUCCAGCAAUAAUAUCAUUGCCGAUGACAAUGAGGAUGGUGAAUUAACGCUUGACUCAUCACAACCUUUAGAGUACGCAAGCACUACUCAGGAAUAUGGACCUAGCGACAACAUGAAUGUUGUCUUGGACCAGGAGAUGUUAAACGAACUGGAUACUGCUACACGGAACCAAGUGACCAAACUCGCUAUGUACAGCAAUGCCAAAGCUCACACAUACGUGUUAGACAAGAUGCCUGAGCAAGGGCUUGAUUGGGGUGUACGAGCAAAAUUUGCAGAUAAGAGCAGCAUCCUCUGCCACGCAGGAGGCAUCAAUCCAGCUGUGGUAUGGGUGACAGGACAAGUUUCAGGCUUAUGGUUCUUCGACAAAACAGGCGGACCCUCUGAGCGUGUAGCGAUAACGGUGGUUCCAUUUUCGGUGGAUGCAGCCGGUAUAGCAAGGAAGAUGCUGUCCUUGAGAUCUACCCCACAGCUUGAUAUCACUGAAACUAGCUGGAGCGCAAUUCAGUUUCCUCGUUGGCAAAAUACACGAGUGCCAGCGAAUCUCAAGAAUCAAGAUGUGGUCGUUAUUGAAGCCUGGGUAACCCGUUACAGAAAGAAAGACGGAUCUGCCAAACCUGCUCCUGCCGAAGCCCAUAAGUGGGUGAACUGGGUGGCCAAAUUCAAGCUGCAGAAAACCACUACACCAUCAGAAACAGAUCUCCUAGCUGAAAUUGACAAGACCUUGUGCCGCAACCCUUGUCAAGGCACUGCAACAAUACUGAAAAAACUCAAAGCGGAACACACCCUGCAUGGACAAUUGGUAAAAAGGAUAGCAUCUGGUGCUGUCAUCCAUAGUUACGAAGCCAUACAGAGCCUGGAAGACAUUGUCACUGCAAUUAGGCCUCUUUCACUACAAUCAAAUGUAUUCAAUCCAGAUGUCCUUGCCGAAUUGACAUUGCUAAUGGAUUGGAAAACUAUCACCCCGCUCUGUCAAUUCUACGAUCGAGACCAGAGCAUCGCAGAUUGGUGGUAUGAAGCAUAUUAUCAAGACAUCACAGCCCCACCAUCCAAAAUGAGGCCGAACACCAUCGCAACCUGCAUUGCUGCAAAAAAAAAUGAGCGGGUGACAUCGGGUCCCUUCGUGAUCAUGAAAAACUGCCCCCAAAACACUGUAAACUUUAUUACUCCCACUUUCAAUAUGAACAAUCUGGCCCGCACCAUAUGGUAG